AUCUAAAACACUCCUUUCAGAAACACCUAUUUGACAACUUGCAUCCCUAAAACACUGCAAUUUUGUCUUGAAUAUCAUAUAAAAGAUGAAGGAAUGUGUAGUACACUUGUCAGUUGUUAUUGAACCUUAGUUCUAAUAAGAUCAAAAUGAGAGUGCUGAUCUUGUUCCUGGUUGCCCUCUAUAUGGCAGAAUCCGCUCUUAUCGAGAACGACGACGAUGGCUCUUAUAGGGAGGACAAUUCAGGACAAUAUAUUCCAGAUGACUCAGGGAGAUAUAUACCAGAUUAUAGCGGGCUCUACAAAGACGAUGGUACAGGAAGAUAUUCUGGCGAUAAAUUUGCGAAUUACGGUAAGGAUGGAAGGUAUUCUUCUGCCAAUGACUUGCUCAACGGACGAGAAGUGAGGAUUCAGAGGGCCAACAAGAAUCUUCCAAAGAAAAAUAUACCUAUCUAUAAUCCAAUAAGAUUAACAUUUGUGACUAAGCCAGUGAACAAUCCUGUGCAAUACAACGACAGGUUUGGGACAUCACCGGAUGGACGGUGGAGAAUCAUCAAGCAGACAGGUGACGUCAGUGAAGAUGGAUAUAAUUGGGAGUAUGAAACUGAGAAUGGUAUCUCUGCUGCUGAAUCUGGCAAACUAGCCAAUAAGGGGACCCAGAACGAAGCCAUGCAAGCCAGUGGUUUCUUCACAUACACAGGACCUGAUAAUGUGAUUUAUACGGUUACUUAUAGAGCUGACGAAAAUGGUUUUCGACCAGAAGGAGCUCAUUUGCCAACUCCUCCACCAAUUCCUGAGGCUAUUCUCAAAUCAUUAGAGACUCAAGGUGUCCCGAGAAGGUUGAAAUCUUAGAAAUAACAUUUAUGACUUGUUUGUAAAUCAAAUAUUAUAUAAGUUUUCUAUUCUCCAUGAUUCUCAACCGGAGAUAUUUGGGAUGAAUUAAUCCAUCAAUAUAUUUUUUGAAGAA